AUGCAAAAGAUCAACAUCAACCAUGCGAGUGUGAGGAGGCGUCUGUCGAAUGUCGAGAACAGCGCCAGUAACCUUCGGCAAACUUCGGACGGUUCCGCCGACCUGAGCCCGAACAGUCUUCGGGCGCGCGACCCGACCCCCGAGGGGCGUCACCAUCGACGGCAUCACCACGGCGACCACCGUCACCAUGACGACGUCAACAGCACCGACGCCAACGGGACGGCGACGUACGACGAUGCGUCGACGGCGGCGUACGGUAACGUCACGUCAUCUCUCAGCGAUGCCGCUGACGGUGCUGCGAACUUCAGUCUAGCAGACGAUCAACAAGCAGCGCACGCGCGCGCAGCAGACGACGACGUCGCCGACGGCAGCGUGGCCGACGAUCGACCAGCCGACGAUGGCGACACGAUCCUGCUCGAUCUAAACGGCGGCCGCGCGAACGCCGACGUGCAGCGACAGGUGGCGCCGACUAGCGCGAGCAAGGUGAAACUCAUCGACCCGCACACGCGCGAGAACGAGCUAGAGAAGACGAGCGGCAGCAGCAGUGAUAGUAGUAGUAGUGAUAGUAGUGGUAGUAGCAGCAGCAGCAGCACGGCGACAGCACGGCUAACGGCGGGCAGCACAAAGGCAUUUAUCGGACUUCAGAGCGGUAUCAACCCCGAUAUAGAGGUUACUAUAGAAGUGCUGCACGAGCAGCGAGGCGGCGCCGCAGCGUCAACGGCGCCGCUGCUGUCGCCGCUCGCGCCCGACAUCUACCGGCAGACUGCCGACGACGACGAUGGCGAUUACGAUUACGUGUACGACUUCGACGAUCUGUAUCCGCCGCCAGGGGGCAGGGACGACGGGCCGUUGUCGCUGGGUGUAGAGCGAGGCGACGACGACGACGAUGAUUCGACGGAGCUCGGCGUUUCCUUCGAGAUGGAAGCGGUUGGCAGCGGUGAUAUAGAGCUACCGGUGCAAUUGUACGAGUGGUCGUCAUGGUCAGCCUGCAGCGUCACCUGUGGCGAUGGAGUGAAAGAGCGGGAGAGGCCAUGCGGCAAAUACUGUGUAGAGAAACAGUCGUCCCCGUGCCGGGGCAUCUGCGAGGGUUUAGUACUGCUGUUUCCGUCGCUAUUGGAUCUGCCCGAUGACGUCAUCACGGCACGAUCUCUCCCGUUUACGAUGACGAAGGUGAGUACAGUCGCUGGAAAACGAGAGGUAUAUGUUUCUGUGUCACUAGCAGUUAAGUACUACAUGAAGGACAAGAGCCUGCUAGUGAGCACAGCAGCACGCUCGCGUCGCCAGCACUGCUGCUACGACCGCCUUAUGCGGCUGCUGACGCGCGGGGCCGCGGUGCAGGGCACGCCGAAUCUCAUCAGUCGGGAGAUAUCGCCCGAACUGCAUUACAGGCGACAUCACUGCCGUGGGAUCAUCUGCAGGCGACUGACGAGGUACAACCAAGUGCGACAUUCGAACAACAUGAAUGUUUGUACGGAGAAUCCAGACAUGGCUGAAUUCCUACGCCAAGCAGAAGACGCGCAGGAGUUUUGAUACAGCCUCGCAGCGACAUCUGUUGAGCACGUGGGGCAAAGUAAAUUAGCUACCCUCACGCGACUGCUUUAGCAGAAGUGAAUGAAUUGCAGUUUUCGUGUAUUUGUAUAAAUUGCUUAAGUAGAAUUACUUAAUUGCAUUCGCAUAACUUGCAAAUUGAUCGUUGUACAAUACAUUUUUUUAACAUAAUAUAUAUAUAAUAUAGUGGUUUCAAUUCAGGUGUGAAGCUUUUUUCUCGGAGCAUGAUUACUGUUCUACAUAAUAUACUCAAAGAUAACAUUAACUCUGCUAUUUCUGAUACUUGCCAGGUCGCACCUACAUUUUAUGAUGUGAAUGCAAUGAAUUAUUAUCAUGAAUAUAAUUAUAUUCUGACAUAUUUCUGACUUCCGAGCUCACAGAUACAACUUAGUAAAAUUAAAGUCUCGUUUCAUCUGAAACCAAACAGCGACGUAGCAGUAGCACAAUUUACUGGUAACGAUCCGCUAAUAUUAUAAAGCAAGCUCGGGCAAACUGUUGCGUAUGACAUUAACUGUAAAUAAUUCAUUAUAAUGGCGACCAACGAGAAAUACUUGCGAUAUAUGCGUUGCUGUACAGCUGCUGAAUAAUGUGCUGGAUUUUAUCAUAAUAAUGAUCUGUAUGAAAAUCGCGAAGUUGAUAUUUUUAUUCAUAAUAAAACCGUUAAAAGUAAA